UGUUCACAAUGACUGUGCACAAAACUCACUUUUACUUUUACUUACUAUUGACGGUGAUUUGAUUGGCCAACUGAUGACGUCUCCCUGGCUAAGCCCCGCUUUCACCGCUUCCCGCAACAACCAGGAUGGCGAACACAGUUACCAAGAAAAUCUCCUAUGACGAGCUGAAGGCUCUUGUGGGAAAAAGCCAGAAUCUCAUUCUGGUUGAUGUCCGCAGUAAAGAGGAAGUGGAGAGCGGACACGUUCCAGGAUCCAUUAAUAUUCCAGUUGAAACAGUAGAGGCUGCUCUUACAAUGAAUCCAGAUGAAUUCAAGGCCAAGUAUGGAGUAACCAAGCCACAGCUGGAUGCACCAGAGCUGGUGUUUCACUGCCAGAUGGGCAGGCGUGGGGGAAUAGCCACCACCAAGGCCCAUCAGCUAGGAUACGUGAAUGCACGUAAUUAUACUGGUGGAUACAGCGAGUGGUCUAAGAAAGAAGGAAAGUGAUUCAUGUUAAAGGAGCAUUUCAUAUGAGUUCAUGCAAUCAGGAAGUGUGACAUAGAUAAACAUUUAGAUGUUUAAAUUUUUUGGUGGUCUUUUCACACUGUACAAUAUUAAUUUUAUAUUUAUGAAUAAAUACCAAUUAUU